AUGUCCGAGCUUUUUGAUGACGUAUGGUCAGAUUCAUCUUCUUUUGAUUCGUCCCCAAACUCAACAGAACAAUACAAUGAUGAACCCACCAACAAUACAUCCUCUACUAAUACCCAAUAUCCGCCAGAUAUCCGUAAAUUACGUGAAUUACACUCUAAAAGAGGUUAUUUAGAUGGUAUUGUUGCAUCUAAGGAAACUAAACUACAAACAGGGUUUAACGAAGGAUUUCCCACUGGUGCAGCUUUGGGGUUACAUGCUGGACGUGUUGCAGGUACUGCUCAAAUGCUAGCGAUUCUGCAUCCUUCUGAACAAGCUAGUCGUGAGAUUCUGUCACGUGCUGCAACGUGCUUGCACGUGAGCCGGGUUUUGACAGCAAGCCAUUUUGAUCCAAUGCUAGAUCUUAAAACAUCGCCAGAAGAACAUCCAGCUAUAAAAGAGGCUCAGAAACAAGUAGAUGAUUUACAACAAACUUUGUGA